UCACUGGUGAUUUAAAGAGCUUCCACUUCCUUGGGCCCCCAGAGGGCACUGGGAGGUCACAGCGGACGAGGAACACCUCGGAUGUGAGCCUCUGCACCCCUGCCCAAGCCAUGCGUCUCUGCAGGGGGGACGAGCUGCUGGCCCGGACGGACCCAGAGGAGCAUCAAAGGCAGCUGAAGAAGAAACAGAAGAACCGGGCCGCCGCCCAGCGCAGCCGGCAGAAGCACACGGACAAGGCGGACGCCCUGCACCAGCAGCACGAGUCGCUGGAGAAACACAACCACGCCCUGCGGAAGGAGAUCCAGGCCCUGCAGGCUGAGCUGCUGUGGUGGAGUCGGACCCUGCACGUGCAUGAGCACCUGUGCCCGACGGGCUGUGCCUCCUGCUUGGCUCCCACGCCCCCCGGCUGCUGGACCCAGGCAGGGCCACCCCCAGGCCGUGUGCCCCACGGACAACACGGCUGCCAGGAGCAGCCAGACCUGUUCCAGACCCCAGGCCCCUCUCCUUCUGCUCAGCAACUCUCUCCAGAUCUGCAUGGCUCCCCUGGCCUCCUCCUCUCCCCUCUGCCCUCACUGUCCCUUGGCUCCACUGCGGUCACUGCGUCUUCGGCCCAGCUCUCCUCCAGCCCUGUCGAAUCUGCCUCGCCCACUGGCUCCACCCUGCUGAGACCCUCCUCCAACCUCAGUGCCCUCCUGCCCAGCCCAGGCCAAGCUGCCCCUCCCCAGCCCCUUGGGCUAGAGCACCCCACCAGGAGGAAGCUGGAGUCCUCCUCCCACAGCCCCUUGGCUGCUCUGGGGCUGGCCUGUCUGCAGGACGGGGAGCACAAGCCUGCCUUCUCAGCAGCAGACCAGCAAGGCCUGGGUGUGGAUCCUAGCCCCCAUCCCCUCCUGGCCUUCCCCCUGCUCUCCUCAGCUCAAGUUCACUUCUAACCCGGCCCCCAGAGCCGGGCUGGCCCCCUGGGCUCAGGAAGCACCCUCAGCACCCAGGCAUCUCUUCCCUUGCCACUGGAGGCUCUCCUUCUUGGCUGACCAGCUGGCCCAGGAUUUCACUGGGGAAAGGAAGCCAUGACAGCAUGCCCACCCUCUGCCAGGCCCUGUCACUGCCACUGUCUUAUUUCACCCUCAGGGUCAUCCUGCAAAAUCCAGAUUAUCACUGCACUUUUUCAGAUAAGGAGACAGAGGCUCAGAGGAGCCAAGUGACUUGUCCAAGGUCACAUAGCCUUUCCUGGGACCUGAAACACCAGUAUCUGUUGUCCUUCUCCUGGUAGGAUCCUGGCCCAGGCACCCUAGGGGCUGAAGUCCUGGACACUGAGGUCUGGUGUGAGGAGGUUUAAGUGCUGGGAGCAGGGAGGGGCUCUCCCUUCUGAUUUGUGAUUCCCAGGGCCACAGAGCCCUGCUGAAACCUCACCCUGGCUGAAGCGGCUUAGGGAGUGGCCAAGCAGGAGCCCACUUCUUCCCCAGCAGUGUUUUCAGAGCCAAGGAACUGAAUCUGUGGGUUGAAGAUGGGAGAAGCCUGCGAUAGUCCCCCCUGGGAUUUCUACAGAACAGGGUACCCCAUAGCCAUAACAAGGCUUCAGAAACAUUCUGCAGGGUCAGCUCUCCGGGCUAUUCCCAAAUAGCUCCCUGCCUCCCUCCUCCCCGCAAGGCCAUGAGGGACUCCUGAGAGCCAUUCAUGUCAUGCACAAAAGGCCUGAGGAAAGAGCAAGGGGAGGGUCAGGUGCCAGGUUACAUUUAAGCAAGUGCUGGUGGCAGUGAGACCCAUGUCUUCUCUGGGACCACCUCCAUCCCUGGGCAGCCCCUGACCCCUAUUACCCUCGGCUUCUCUGAGCAGCGCCCCUCAUUGCUCUUCGGUUUGAUGGCAGCUGGAGGAUCAGGGGCCAGGACCAGGUGGAGCUCAGCUGCAGUGUCUACUCCAAGGGAGGUUUCUCAUUCAGACUCAGGAUAAACGCUGUAAGGGACCUGAGACCAGAAACUCCAGCUCUUCACGCAGAUUUUCACACACGUGUAAACAGACACUACACUAGUAUUUGACCCACUCCAGGAUGCUGAGCACAAGUCUUGGCAUGUAUGUUAUGGUAAAUAAAUUAAAGUGUU